AUGGGAAUAUGCGUUCACACUAACAAGCAGGCAGUUGAACAUAGCAAUAUCAGCAUCGCCAUCUUCAGCACAGAUUAUGCUCGGUCAACGCGGUGUCUGCAGGAGCUCGCGCAAAUGUGGAAAUCCAGAGCGUUCAUCAUUCCCCUCUUUUAUCACGUCCAGCCAUUCCAGGUUCGAAUAGCAGAGAGCGAAAGCCAAGAAAGCAGCUAUGAAGAAGUAUUGAGCGAGCACUGCUCUACAGGCCAAUAUCCGUCAGAAACCAUGGAGGAGUGGAAACGGGCAUUGUGUCAUGUUUCCAGUCUUCCCGGGUGGACAUUAGACUCCAUAUCCUGCUUUGAAGGAGACCUGGUGAAACGCAUAGUCUCUGAUGUUACCAACACAUUGGAUAAAAUCCCCUUACACAACAUUGCAAAGCAUCCCGUUCAGCUUGACAAGAAGAUAAAAAAGGUCAUAAGUUUGCUGAAUCUACAGAACCAGGCCGAUGUGGUCACAGUCGGCAUUUGGGGAAUGGGUGGCUGUGGCAAAACAACCACUGCAAAGGCCGUGUACAACAAUAUAUUUCGAUGUUUCGAUUCUUGCUCUUUUCUAUCCGACGUUCGAAAAAUGCCCCACAAGCAAAUUCGAGAGCAGAUCAUCAGAGACACAAAUACGACAUGUGCACAGUUUUCGGCAUCGAAGCGAGCCCUGGUGGUUUUAGAUAAUAUUGAUGAUAGCAAGCAGAUGGAGUUGUUGACGUGCAAAAGUUGGGGCGGUCGAGGAAGCAGAAUGAUCGUAACAACGCGCGAUAAGCACGUAUUAAACCUGGCACAGAUAGACGUGGUUUACAAGAUGGAAGGACUGGAGUAUGAGGAAGCUCUGCGUUUGUUCUCUUGGCAUGCAUUUUUGAAGCCCGAGCCCGAUAAAAUAUAUAGAAAAGAGUCGAAAAGGAUUGUGAAGGCCUGUUGCGGUCUGCCCCUGGCAAUUGAAGCCGCAGGGAGAUCUCUUGCACGACAAAAAGGAGAGAAAAAGAUAUUUGUGGACAUCGCUUGCACUUUCAGUGGUAAAGAGGUAAUGCAGGGCAUCCGGUACUGGAAAAGAUUCAACUGGGAUGCGCAUACAGCCGUCACAAAUCUUGUGCUUAAAUCGCUUAUAAUGAUAGGCGAUGAUGAUGUAUUUAUGAUGCACGGCCUUCUUAGAGAUAUGGGAAAGGCGAUUAGAAAAGAAGAUAAUCCCUCACCUUUCUCUUUUACCUGUCUCCCUGUGUCGGUCCCUCGGUUCAAAUUGUACAUGAAAUUUAGUACUAAUAAAUUUACACGUCCAGCUGGGAGAUAUGUGCAGGAAGCGAUUCCUUUACUGGAUGCUGCUGAUUUUUUAAGCAAAACUGGAUUUACAACUUCAAACUUCGGUUUGAACAUCUUGUAG